AUUGGUCAUGAGUACGGAGCAUGCGCACUUCGGCUGUACGCCUGUGCGCUGGUUAGACUCCCCGAUUUUGCUAAGCCAGGGUCCUGCAYCGCAGUGUCACUCUCAUAGUCACAGCACAUGCCUCGUGCAAUGAGGAGGUUCUUGUUAUUAUACGCUACACAGCGAGGCCAGGCAAAGGCCAUAGCAGAAGAAAUAAGUGAGCAAGCUGUGGCCCACGGGUUUUCUGCAGAUCUCCACUGCAUCAGUGAGUCGGACAAGUAUGAUCUAAAAAUGGAAAGAGCUCCUCUCGUCGUCGUGGUUUCUACAACAGGCACUGGAGACCCCCCUGACACGGCCCGAAAAUUUGUUAAAGAAAUACAAGACAAGACACUGCCUGCUGAUUUCCUUGCUCAUCUGCGGUAUGGAUUAUUGGGUUUGGGUGAUUCCGAAUACACAUACUUCUGUAAUGGAGGAAAAGUAAUUGAUAAACGACUUCAAGAGCUUGGAGCCCAGCAUUUCUAUGACACUGGACAUGCAGAUGACUGUGUGGGUUUAGAACUUGUGGUUGAGCCUUGGAUUGCCGGACUCUGGGCUGCCCUCACGAAGCAUUUUAGGUCAAGUGGAGGACAAGAGGAGAUGAGUGGAGCUCUCCCAGGGACAUCAAAGGCCUCCUUGAACUCAGAUCCUGUGAAGCCACCACUAUUACACAUUGGGUCGCAAGUUGAGCUUCUAAGAUUAGAUGAUUCAGGAAGACAGCACUCAGAGGUUUUGGAACAAAAUGAAACSAAUAGAGGUCAAACAAAUGGUUUGAUUGAAGACUUCGAACCCUCACUCAUCCGCUCAAAACCCCCACUCUCACAAGCUUCUCUCAGUAUUCCUGCUUUACCCCCAGAAUAUUUACAGGUGCAUCUACAGGAGUCUCUUGGCCAGGAGGAAAGCCCAGCGUCUGUGACUUCAGCAGAUCCAGUUUUUCAAGUUCCAAUUUCAAAGGCAAUCCAGCUCACUACAAAUGAUGCCAUAAAAACCACCCUGCUGCUAGAGUUGGACAUUUCGAAAACAGAGUUUUCCUAUCAGCCUGGAGAUGCCUUCAGUGUGAUCUGUCCGAACAGUGAUUCAGAGGUUCAAAACCUCCUGCACAGACUGCAGCUCACUGAUAAACGAGAGCACUGUGUCCUUCUGAAAAUCAAAGCAGACACCAGGAAGAAAGGAGCCACUUUGCCCCAGCAUGUUCCUGAGAGGUGCUCUCUCCAGUUCCUCCUUACCUGGUGUCUCGAAAUACGUGCCGUUCCUAAAAAGGCAUUUUUGCGGGCUCUUGCUGACUGCACCAGGGACAGUGCCGAAAAGCGGAGGCUGCAGGAGCUGUGCAGUAAACAGGGGGCAGGGGAUUACAACCACUUCGUGCGGGAUGCCAGUGCCUGCCUGUUGGACCUCCUGCUGGCCUUCCCGUCUUGCCAGCCGCCGCUCAGUCUCCUGCUCGAACAUCUUCCUAAACUCCAGCCCAGACCGUAUUCAUGUGCAAGCUCAGGCUUAUUUCACCCUGGAAGGCUUCAUUUUAUUUUUAACAUUGUGGAGUUCGCCUCUAACGCUACAGCGGUGGUUUUGCGGAAGGGCGUGUGCACAGGCUGGCUGGCCAAGCUGGUUGCCUCGAUUCUUCAGCCAAACACUCAGGCAUCACCUGCAGAUGGCAGAGAAGCCCUGGCUCCUAAGAUAUCCAUCUCUCCUCGAGCAACAAACUCCUUCCAUUUGCCGGCAGACCCCUCCACYCCCAUCAUCAUGGUGGGCCCCGGAACCGGCGUCGCCCCCUUUAUUGGGUUCCUGCAGCAUAGAGCGAAACUACAAGAACAGGACCCAGAGGGAAAUUUUGGAGCAAUGUGGUUGUUUUUUGGCUGCAGACACAAGGACAGGGACUAUUUGUUCAGAGACGAGCUCAGGCAUUUCCUGCAGCGUGGGGUUCUGACGCAUCUGAAGGUCUCCUUCUCAAGAGAUGCUGCCCUGCAGGAGGAGGAAGCCCCAGUCAAGUACGUGCAGGACAGCCUCCAGCUUCAUGGCCCGCAGGUGGCCAGGAUCCUGCUGCACGAGAAGGGCUGCCUGUACGUGUGCGGAGAUGCUAAGAAUAUGGCCAAGGAUGUGAAUGAUGCCCUUGUGGAAAUARUAAGCAAAGAAGCUGGAGUUGACAAACUAGAAGCAAUGAAAACCUUGGCAACUUUAAAAGAAGAAAAACGGUAUCUUCAGGACAUUUGGUCAUAAAGUGGAGAUUAAAGGAGGAAAAUGAAGCAUUUUUCGCUGAAAAUACUAAACAGCUAUUUUACUGAAAGUGAGAUUUUAAAUUUUUAAAUAAUUUUUGAGACUAUUUCUUGGAGGAGGUGGAGUAGAGAGGGAUCACUUGGAAUGGCGAGAGAAGCUGAUGUGGUCUUACCCAUCUCCCACCCACUCUCCUCCUGUGUCUGACCCUCACCAAAGUGCCCACAGCUGAGGGGCAGCCCUUAUUUGUUCACCAGUGCCUCUGCAUCUGGAGACCUCGCGCCUUCAGGGGGCUCCAGGUCUGUGUGCGAGGGCUUCCGGGUGCUGCAUCUGGCAGUAGGAUUCACUGCACAACUCUGUGAACUUACCUCGCCAAUAUUUUAUUAAGUAAUGGAAAAGUAAUUUAUUGCUUUUAUAUGAAGUACAAUCAUAAAGGAUAUUUUAUUCAUAUAUUUAAAUUACACAUGUAGAGUAUGUUUGUUGCAUGUUUAUGUAAUUAUCAAAUGGUUGCUUAUUACCAAAAYUAUAUUUCUCAUAAAAAUAUUUUAAGGUGUUAUUAUUUAUGGUGCUAGAAAUAUGAAAUAUAUUUUGAAAUUCUA